AUGGGGUUCAAAAGCAUCGUGGCAAGGGCCGUGACUCUAGGGCUCGUUCCGCUGGCCCUGGCCGAUAUUUCCACAUUCUCCCCUGGCGGUCAAAAUGACACCUACUUCAGUAUCACGGCCGCCUCUGGUUCGGGUCCCAUUUUCUUCCAGAUACAAGCACCCGACACCCUCCAAUGGGUUGGCCUCGGUCAGGGCACCCGGAUGGCCGGCGCGAAUAUGUUCGUUCUCUAUUCAUCAUCGGAAAGAAAUGUCACCCUCUCGCCCCGGGCGGGAAAAGGCCAUUCGAUGCCAGAAUCCGACCCAGAGGCUCAGGUCACGCUGCUGGAAGGGACCGGCAUCGAAAACGGCACCAUGACGGCCAACGUACGGUGCGACACCUGCAUGCGCUUCGAGGAUGAUAUGAGUGCGAGCCAUUGGAUCUGGGCCUACAAAGAGGGAGAUCCCAUAAACUCGCCGAAUGUCUCCGAGAGAAUACGGAUCCAUGAUAACUAUGGCCGGACGGAGAUUAACCUGGCCGAUGCCGUAUCCAAAUCCGAAAAUCCGUUUUUGAGAUAUGACCCGUCCAUUAACGCCAAGGGCUUGCGAGGGUCAGGUGGGAGCAGCGCCAUGUUGAUCGCACAUGGCUUCCUCAUGGCAUUUGCCUUCGUUCUACUCUUUCCUUCCUUCGCCAUCCUCGUUCCCCUCCCCAUCCCCAUAUCCGUUGCGAAGGUCCACGCGCCCCUCCAGGCAUUCACGCUGGCCGUCGCCAUCGCCGGCAUGGGACUCGGCAUUCGGCUCUGGGUGCUCGGGGGCGUGUCCGAUCCGGACGUGCACCACAUUCUCGGCCUCAUCGUCAUGGCCUUUCUCAUCCUCUUUCAGCCGGCCAUGGGCUGGCUUCAGCACCUGCACUUUCGCAAAACGGGUGCCAAAAGUAGCUUUGCGUACGCACACCGAUGGCUGGGCCGCAUAUUGAUCAUUCUUGGGAUCAUCAAUGGCGGUCUGGGCUUCCGCUUGGCAGGCAUCGGUAGCCCCGGCACUCCGCAGAGCGCCAUGAUUGCAUAUUCGGUCAUCGCAGGGGUUGUGGGAUUGGCGUACAUUUCAAUGCAUCUGGUGAUGGCUUUGCAAGGGGGAAAGCAAAGCCCUGCUGUACAACAAGAAAAGACACAAGCUGGCGGUGAGAAUGCGGAGAUAGGUCCAAAGAUCCUGGGCCAUGAGCAGAGAGAAGACAUGUACUCCGAAGCCAUGACGACAAAUGCAAACAAAGCAAACAUCCCGUAUACCCCAGUGACCGCCUACAACUUCCUCCCGCCGCGCGCGAUUGUUUCUGCUUCACUGCAGGUCGGUCUCCGGGAAAUAAUAGGAGCCAUGCUGCACAACGCCCUCAUACGCACCCACCACAUCACGUCUCGCAAGAAGGUCUCGGCCUUGAAACGAGCCGCAGACACCUACAACUGCUUUGUGCUCCUGCGGUCCGGCGGCUGCCCUGGCAUCAUGUACGUUGAGGCCAGGGAGAAAGAUGCUGUGGAAUCGUGGGUUAAUACGGUGCGGAGUCUGCGGUAUAAAGACUUCCAGCUAGCCAUGCGACCGGGUGUCAUCCAAGCUGAGACCUGCAGCGAAGAGAACAACUCUAAGCAGACCCCACGUCGCGAUUACGAUUCCCAGGAGGGAAAGAGAGCAUCUGGCAUCGGCUUGUCAGAGGUCGAAACCGUCAAGGAAUUCGGCGGUGCCAUGCAGCAACGCGGCGUUUGGCAUUGGUGGAGGAAAGGUAUGGGGUACUCAUGAGCUGAUCCGAGUAUUGACUCAUCAAUCUGCUCUUGUCAUGCCAUGCCGAAAACUCGGCUCACAAGUCAUCAUCCACCCUCCAUGGGCACGGGGCCAUUACAAUAUAUUCACUAUUGCAAAAAUUAUAUACAAGAACAUAUCCGGAAUAUCGGCUCGAUCAGAUCCAUCCGUUUUCGGGAUCCCCAGUCACGGGAUUGUCGCCGGGCAAUUUAGCCAGAGGACCAUGUUGCCCCAACUCGUCCCCAGCCUCAGGUACCUCCAAAAUCUGCUCGAGCGGCGUCA